AUGGGGGCCGAGGAAGACCCCAGUGACAGUCGAUUUGGACUGAGCAACAAAUUUGAAUCAGAAUUCCCUUCUUCAUUAACUGGAAAAGUAGCUCCUGAAGAAUUUAAAGCCAGCAUCAACAGAGUCAACAGCUGUCUCAAGAAGAACCUUCCCGUCAACGUGCGCUGGCUGCUCUGCGGCUGCCUCUGCUGCUGCUGCACGCUGGGCUGCAGCAUGUGGCCCGUGAUCUGCCUCAGUAAAAGAACACGAAGAUCGAUUGAGAAGUUAUUAGAAUGGGAAAACAAUAGGUUAUACCACAAGCUGUGCUUGCACUGGAGACUGAGCAAAAGGAAAUGUGAAACGAAUAACAUGAUGGAAUAUGUCAUCCUCAUAGAAUUUUUACCAAAGACACCGAUUUUUCGACCAGAUUAGCAUUUACUUUAUUUAUAGAGACUUUCCAAGUAUGUUGUCUUUCCAAUGGUGCCUUGCUUGGUGCUCUCCGGUGGUGACAUAGCAUUGGUUCUACAGGAUCGUGUGGUGUUUUUUUUUUUUUUUUUUUUUUUUUUCUUUUUUUUCUUGUUUUGUUUUAAAUAACCGCAUGUUCUAAGUGUGCAUUUUUGUCAAACUUUGCAACAGUUAUUUCAUACAGAUGUUUAAUACUUAAGUUAUUGUGCUUUUUUCUUUUAUGUAUUCUGAUUUUCAAGAAUUACUUUUUUGUAUUAUCAAAAAAAUACAUUUGAACUUAGCAUAAAAAGUGGCCAGCCUUUUUUAUUUUAUCACUAAGGUCCACACAGUCCUUUAUUUAUAAAUUCCUGAACAUAGGAAAACACCUUUGUAAGGCUCUGUUUAUCUAUCUUGCAAGCACGCUGUAUUAUUUUUAUCUUUCUUUUAAAGUUAACAUAGUAGCUUUUGGGAGCCUAUCAUACAAUUCCUAAUGCUCUGUUUACAGUAGCUAGACCUGUAACAUUAAGAAGACCUAUGAGAAUUUCUGGAAGUGUUUCUGUCUUCGAAGGUAGUGAGCAGGAUGGCGUUGUUGUUAGGGUAGACCAGUCAGCGAGCGGUGUGCACGCCUCUGUUGGUUACCAGAGCUCAGGAUCACAAAAGACAGCCUCACAAUCAGUGUAUAUUUUUGAUCAAGAUGAUCUUAAUAAUGGCCUUACUUGGGUUAUUUUUAUUGUUUAUCAAAUAUUAUAUAAAAAAUGCGGAAGCAUUCCUUUUAAAAAUUUCUAAGGAAAAUAUUUCUCCCAGUCUAACACAACUGUAGAAUGGGCGUGUGUUUCUGGAAAAGUUUUCCAAACAAAGCAAGAGUUCUGGAAUAAAAAGAGAGCCAAUGUGUAGUAUCCACUGAUAUCCAGAACAGAUGUUCACCAAGAAACGGAGGAUGUGUUCAGAACUGGUUUUCUCCACUAGCUCGCUUUCAGUCCAGUUAUGUUGCUUUUUAACUGAGAGUAUGACAUGUUCGAAUCAAUUAGUCCGUUUCUUAAAACACACACAAUUUUUUUUUUUCA